AUGGCGCAAGCAUCGCAUCCUACCUUCAUUAAUCUCCCUCCUCCCACAUCGAGGCCAGACACACCCUCUGAGAUGCCCGGCACCCCCACGAGUACCACAACCUCCAUGUCGGCCCUCUCGACCACCGCCAUCAAGGACGGCCACCGGGGCCACUUCCCACAGGGGCCGGCUGGCGCCCGCGGCCACGCCCACCAUCCCUCUACUACGAGCCUCGAGGCCGAGCGCGCUGAUCGCAUCUCUCGCCUCGCCGGCCUCGAGCGAGUCUCGACCCUCCGCGCGCCGCCCACCCAGCAUCAGCAGAACGCCAAUGCCUCCUCCCUCUCGCCCCAGACCACGCCCACCUCGACCGGCUUCCCUCCCAACUACCCGCCCAAUACCCACCUGACGCCCGCGUACUUCGAUGCCCAUGGACAGCCCACCGCUGUCACCAAGAUGAGUACCGUCGGUACCGCUAGCGCCACCGAGAGCUAUGUUGGCGACGACAACGAGACCCGCACUGCCCCCGGCGAGCAGGACGAGGACAUGUUCAGCAUGGACACAAACUACCGCGAGGCCGACUCCGUUGCCAGCACCGGCGCCGACCCCGAGCAGAUGGACGAGGACACGGCCCGUUCCACCGGCGGCUACGACGACCGCAUGAGCGACGACGGCUCCGCCAGCCUCGUCGGCUUCGGCGAGGGUGCCAACAGCACCGUCUCCGGUCCCAUCUACCAGCGCCGUCCCAUCCCCGGCGUCGCCGGCCAGGCCGUCGGCGCCUGGGGUCUCGAGCGGACCGCCUCGGGCCUCAGCAGCGACGGCAUCCCCACCCAGCGAAACCGCGACGUCACCAUGGGAGGCGAUACCCCGACCAGCGCCGCCGCCAUGCAGGAACGUCGCGACGCCCGCAUGAUGGACGGCACCACCACCGACGGCUCUGGCGUGCCCGGCGACGAGAUGUACGUUGACACCACCAACAAGGCCCCCGUCCCCACCUCACAAUUCUCCCAUCAACCCAACAUCCACACGACGACGACGGCCAGGGACACGGCCGAGCGUCUGUUGCGCGAGAGGCUGGACGGCGGCGAGUCGCGGGCGGGCAACACUGCGCUGGGGAGUUCCCAGAGCGGCGAGAACCUCGGCAAGUUUUACUUUGAAGAGCGGAAAUAG